ACAAGGAAGUCACAAGCUAGUGCAUAAAACACGCCCCUCUGUCGGCUUUCAAGCGCACGGAGUUUCAUUUUAUUUCGACACCUUGUCAGUGAGGCUUCAAAAUGAUAGCCGCUGGCCGUUUUUUGUCCUUGUUAGCCGCUGUCCAGCUCGGCUCUUGGGCUCACUACGCCCCCGACGAGGUGAGCUAUCUCCCCGGCAUGACGUUCCAACCCAAGUACAGGCAGUGGUCGGGACACCUCCAGGCACGGCCUGGAAAGUUUUUACAUUACUGGUUUGUGACCUCUCAGAGGGACCCGGUCAAAGACCCGCUGGUGCUGUGGCUAAACGGCGGCCCAGGCUGCAGCUCGCUGGAUGGAUUCUUAUCAGAGAAUGGACCCUUCCAUGUAAAAGAUGACGGAGCCACUUUGUACGAGAACACUUUCAGCUGGAACAGGAUCGCAAACGUGCUCUAUAUAGAGUCUCCUGCAGGGGUCGGCUACUCGUACUCCAAUGACGGCAACUAUGCCACUGACGAUGAUCAGGUCGCCGACGACAAUUACAAAGCGCUGCAGAGUUUCUACGCCAAAUUCCCAAGCUUUACUCGAAAUGAUUUCUUCAUAUUCGGAGAAAGUUACGGGGGAAUUUACGCACCAACUCUUAGCUUGCGUGUCGCUUCAGGAAAUACCAAUAUCAACUUUAAGGGUUUUGCAGUGGGAAACGGUCUCAGCAGCUAUGCCUUCAAUGACCAGGCGUUGAUAUAUUUUGGUUACUACCACGGCCUCUUUGGAGAAGACUUGUGGCGGGAUUUGAACCAUUACUGCUGUGAAAAUCUAAGGUGUGACUUCUACAACUCAACUUCAGACAAAUGUGUGAUUCUGGUGAAUGUUGCCUUCAACAUCGUUUAUGAUAGCGGCCUUAACGAGUAUGCGCUCUACUUGAACUGUGAGGGUCGCCGAGGGUUUCACAAAGGCUACGAGAGGGCCAUGAGUCACCUGUUCAAGGGUUACAGAAAACGCAUCACACAGAUUUCAGGCGCAGCGUCGUUUUCGAUUUCUUUGGAAGAAGUGCCGCCCUGCAUCAACAGCACAGCUCAAGCCAACUGGCUCAACAGAGGCGACGUGAGGAAAGCUUUGCAUAUUCCUGACACGCUGCCAAAGUGGGAGCUGUGCAGUGAUGUUGUCGGGCAGAGUUACACAAACUUGUACCCGUCCGUGAAGGAGGUCUAUCUGAAACUGCUUGCUUUGGGCCUCCGAGCGCUGGUUUACAACGGGGACACAGACAUGGCCUGCAACUUCCUUGGAGAUCAGUGGUUUGUGGAAGACCUUGGAAUGAAGGCCACAACAAAGUACCAACCCUGGCACCAUGACCAGCAGGUUGCAGGUUUCUACCAGCAGUAUGGAAACAUCACUUUCCUGACAGUUAAGGGUGCAGGUCACAUGGUUCCACAGUGGGCUCCAGGUCCAGCUCUUCACAUGUUCCAGUCCUUUCUAACAAACAGCUACUACUGAGCCAUCCUUGAUGGAGAUGUGGAGUUGUCACUUUUUCAGGGAUUUUGAGGGGAAAAUACAGUUUUUGUUGGACAUAUUUUUGGUUGUGCAGAAAACAUACUUACAUUUUAUGCAGUGCAAAAAAAUGUACACUCAAAUCACAGUUUGCACUUUAUAGUGAUGCAGAGGGACUUGAAGCUGGUUUCAUUCAAAUUGUAUUUUUAAGAAACCUAUGUAAUAAAUACAUUCUCAUGUU